CAAACCAAAAGUUAAAUCCCUAGAUUUAAAUUAACGUAGUAGAACGUCAAAAUUUGCCAUUUCCUGAUUGAUGAGAAAAAUAAGAAAUAAUAAUAAAUUAAACAAGUAAAUAACAUGGACGGUAAAGAUUCAUCAUCUUAUGUGCCUUGGGAUAGCUUCAACGAGAUGAGUGGAGAAUUCGACACAAUGGCGUCAAUACAUGAACGAAAUAACCAAAAAUUUCAAAAUUUACAAGAUGAAAUUGUGAGGUGGGAUUUUUUACAAAGCUGGUUUUUAGAUCCAUAUGAAAACCGUCACUUUGAUGAAGCCAAACAAGAUUUUUUACAAGGGCAAGAUAAAGCUUUGAAGUUAUCAGAAGUUCAGGACGGUGAACACACCUUACUGUUAAGUCGGAAAAGACAAUUACAACAUGAUAUAAAAAAAAUGGAAAAGAAUAUCAAAAGUGUUACUGCAGAGUUAGAUGAAGGCAUGCAAAGCCUUGAGAGUCUUAAAAAGACGUACAAAGAACACAAGUUUGCUUUAAACGUUGCCAAAAAAGUGUAUGAAAAAAGUUUUCAUAUUCUUGCAAUUACUGAAGAAGAAAAUAAUGACACCUUUAAAGCAGUUGUUAGUUUUAAUGAAAAUGAAAAUUUCAGAGCUACUUUAUCAAUACAUCGAGAGCACAAUAAAAUUUUGAGUGUUGAGUGUAAUUGUCUCCCACAAAAAGAAGUGGAAGAUUUGAUGGGUUUAUACAAUAAAACAAACAACGCUAUGUUAUUUCUAUGUAGACUUAAGAAAUUAGCAUUAAGUGAAUCUCAUUGAUUCUUUUGUGAAAAAGAAACACCAGCGUAAAUAAUUAAUAAUAGUAAGUGAAAUAUUUGUUUCCACGACAACGGAAAUAACACGGAAAGGUAGUCCUGUAAUUUGUUAGGCGUGUUUUUUCUUGCACAAUGUCUGUUUAGGUUAUAUUCAUUACAAUAAAUUUGUUAUCUUUGUAAUAUUAUUAUCCAUAUUAUUAAUUUUUCAAAUAGUUUUUCCAUCACAGUUACUCAGUUCAUAUUACUAUUUCACAAGUUCAAUGAUGAUGAAAAUUUGCAGUAUCUUUGCACUGUUUUCAAAUAUGUAUUAGAUUACGUUUGAGAUGACCAAAAUUCAAGAUACAUCAGUUGGAUAAAGUCGAUUGUAUCAUGGAUCGGCGUUACGAUCGCUUAGAAAAAAAUAUGUUAGGACGAAAUUUAAAAGGAAUUUCAAAAAAAAUAUUCUUGAAAGACUCACAUUUUUAUAGUACCUUACAUUGCACUAAUAAUUUUUUGUAAAGUAAUUAGUUAUGCAAAAAACCCUUGGUUCCAUACUUUUUAUUCAUCGUGUAUGUUUGAAAGACUAACUAGUUUCCAAGACUACUUCAAUGAGUCUAAUAAAUAUGUAAAAAAUAAUUGCCUUCUAUUCUGCAAUGUUUUUUUCUGUAUUUUUGUAUUGUGGUGAUCUUAGGUCUUCAUUAAUAAUUUUGAGGUGAGUCAUAUAACCCCGACCAGUUAACCCCGAGUUCCCAUAUACGAAGAGAUAAUGAUAAGUUGAUAAGAUACCUUUCCACCAGUUUAUGUUGAAACAAAACUUUCAAAGAUACAAAAAUAAAAUUUUAUUUGUUUCGAUAGUCAAUAAAAUGUAUUUUAUUUAUUUUUUA